AUGGAUGUCAAGAAUGCGGAGGAAUCCUAUGUGUUCAGGGUCGAAGAUGAAUGGAGCAUGGUAGAGGACGCAACCGAGAAGGAGAAGAACAGACAGCCCUACCUGACGCUCAAUUUUGACCUACCAAUUUAUGAACAGCACGCCUUACCGCCACCUCCAUUUGUGUCCCGAGAGAGCAGUCGAGAGCCGAUCGAUCGAAAGCCGACUACCCAUAGCCGACGAGAGUUGGCGUAUGCGGAUGAGAGCAUGCAAUCCAUCCGCAACCCAUUCCUGGACGCCGCACCUUCAGGGGAUACACCGAGGAAACCAAUGGACAGAAAUCCAUUCGAAGACGUUGCAAGACCUAUCAUUGGUAGCGUCGUUGCACAUAAGCCGCGUAUCACCAGCCACGUUGCAGCAAACAUCAGGUUACCCCUCCAAGCACAGGUGAUCAACUGCUCGAGUGACCCAGGGGUGACACCAGCCCGGGACCGCAGAGUCAGGAGGGUAGCAAGUGGGAACGGACAAGGUAGACAGAUCGACGUAGAGGAAGGUGGUCUGUUUUUUGCGUCAAGAGUUCACAAGUUUGGCCAGCCCGAAGUGAAGCCACAGAAAGCUAUACAUUUCGAUGAAGGACUCAUUUCGAAUCAUCUGCGAGUAGCCAUACCGCGGAUAGAACUCUCUUUAUCGGAGGACAUGGGAAGUGGUCGGACCUGA